CAGCAGGCGGGGGAGGGGGGGAGGGCGGGGGCGCCAGGGGGGCCGCCACGCCCCGACGCCGCGCGAUGUUUUGGCCGUUUUCGGCCAACAGCGCGCGUCCGGCAACCUGGAGGCCAGACGGCCCCCGCGGGGACGAUCCGGAAGCCGCGGUGCCUCGCGGCGAAGCCCCAAGGGCGGUGGCCAGCGGCUCGCCAGGCGGCCCUGGCGGCUACGCCGGGGCCGCCGCCGCCGCGCGCUAUUCGCCGGCGGCCGACGAGGAGUCGCCGCUCGGCCUGGCGUGGUGCGACGUGUCGGGCCGGCGCUGCGCGGGCUCGUCCCGGCGCGCCGCGUCGGCCGGGCCGCCCACGGAAGGCCUGCCGGCGCUGCGGCCCGCGGGGCCGGGCGCUGCGGCGGCGCGGCCGCGCAGCAGCGGCCCCGACGGGCGAGCAGGCUCUGCGAGCCCGGGCUCGGCCUCCACCGUCUCGACGCCGGGCUGCCCGCUUGGGCGCGCCCCUGCCAGCCCGGCUGAGCGCUGCGAGCGCGGCGACGGGGAAGCGCCCCGCCCGCGCGACGCUGCCACGGACGCCCCGGCGCCGCCGCGCCCAGAGAUGGCCGCUCUGGAGGAGCGCCUGGCGGCCCAGCUGGAGCGGUUGCGCGAGCACCUGAUGGGGCUCCCUGGGCAGCUGCGCGAACAGGCGGGCGAGGAGGCGCGCCUCGCGUUGGAGGCGGCAGUGGGGCCCCUGGCGGCGCGCGUCGCUGAGCUGAGCGGGAGGCAGUCGCCCCUGGAGCGCCGUUUGACAGACCUGGCGGAGGCCGUGGGCGAGCUGCGCGAGCGGACGCACCCAGCCGCCCGAGACGGCGCCGCGGCGGAGGAGGCCGACUCGGUGACGCGCGGGGAGCUCCUUGAAGUCGUGGACCUCUUGAAAAGGGAGCUCCGGAGAAUGGUGGCCGACGAGGUUCGGCGCGCCGCGGGCCCAUCGGACCAGGGUGCGGCCCAGCUUGCGGAGCGCGUUUCGGCCAGCGAACGCAGGAUCCAGGAGCUGGGCGCCGCCGUCGACGGCACCAGCGCGCUCCAUGCGGGCUCGCUCGCGGACCUCUCCGAGCGCCUGUCGCGCCAGCAGCAGGCCGUGUGCGCAGCUCAGGCGGGCGUCGAGCAGUUGCAAGCUUCCCUAGAGCAGGCCCACGUCGGCAUCGACGGCCAGGCGGAGGCCGUCAGGCGCCUCAGGGACUCCGCCCGGACGCUGGAGAGUAAGCUGGACGACUUGGCGCGGGGCCAGAGGAGCAGCGGCGCCGAGCUGGGCGCCGCCGUGGCGGCCUUGGAGGAGCGGGGCGCAGAGCACGACGAGCGGCUGGAGCGGCUGACCGCCGGGCUGGCCUCCACCAGGCGGGGCCUGGAGGACCAGGGCGCGCGCCUGGAGCGGGCCGUCGACGACGCGCUCCAGAGGUGCGCCGCCGGCGAGAGCCUGGCGAAGCUGGUGGCGGCGCUCGAGGAGGGCUGUGCCCACGCCGCGGAGAAGCUUGACCAGUCGGAGGCGCUGGUCGCGGCCGUCGCUCCGCUCAAGGAGCAGGCUGUGCGCACGGAGCGGAGCGCGGAGCAGCCGGGGCAGGGCCGCGGCGGCCCCGGCGGGCUUCUGGAGGAGCGCCUGGAGGGCCUCGAGCACGGCAGGCAGCGCUUCGACGACACCCUGGUGACGCUGGAGCAGCUCGCUGGGCGCAUCGCGGGCAGGGUGACGCGGCUGGAGGCGGACGCCGCCGCAGUGGUGGGCAGGGUGACGCGGCUGGAGGCGGACGCCGUGGCCGGGGAGGCCGCCGACGACGCAGGGGCGGCGCGCACGGAGCUUGAGGGGAGGCUGCACAGGCUGGAGGACAGCGCCGCCGCCGAGCAGAAGCGCCUCCGCGACCUGGCCCACGCCCUUCGCGCGUUCAUAGCCAGGUGCGAGCGCCCGUCGCACGGCGACCCGCCCAGGGCGGCGCGGCGCGCGGGGAGCAGGAGCGAGGAACGCCGGCCCGCGGACCACCUGCGGACGCCCUGCGAGCCCGCGUGGCGGAGCCCCUCGCCGCGCGCCCCCGACCCGGCGGCGGCCGCAGGGCCGUGCUGGGCGGCCACGCCGGGCAGCGCCGCAGAGGCCACGGCGGGCGCGCCCGCGCUCUGGAAGGGCGAGCCCGGCGGCAGGCCGGCCUGUGCCCCCCGCAUCGUGCUGGACGUCUCCGGGCUCUCCGGCAGGGCGCGCAGCUUGGAAGCCGUGGGGUCCACGCCUUCCACCGCGGCGGCGUCGUCCGUGCAGAGCGAGGCGGAGGACAGGUGGGACGCCUCUGGCUCCCGCGCGUCCGGCGCAGCCCACCGGUUGCCCUCCGCAGAAGGAGCUUCCGCGGGCGCCGGGCGGCCGGCGCGCCCUCCCGCCGUUGCCGCCCCGCCGGGCGCCGCGGCGGAGGAGGAGCCGUGCCGCAGGUGGCGGCGCCCGCUGGGUCGGCCCGCGGCCCCGUCGCCCGCCGUGCACCAGCCGCAGGAGCCGCUCAGCGCCAGGCGCAGGUGCGUCGCGCGCGGCUGCGCCACGCCGCUCCCCGGCGGCUCCCACGCCGCCGCGGCCACCGCCGGCACGCCCGAGCGGCAGGGCGCGCCGCGGGCGGACUGA